GUCUAUUUUUGCUUCCCAGGGCGUCAGUCGAGGUGUCACGGUACAUCGAGAAUGGGUUUGUUCGUUUGUUAUUGCCUUUGUUUGGUGUUCCAUAUUGUUCAAAUCUGGCACCUCCAAUCUUGCCACUUCAAACAAAACAAACCACCAAAAGAAAUAGUAUCUAGCGGUGUUCUUUACCCAGUUCGACCGGAAGAACAUAACAAGCGCAUCCUACCAUACGUAUUGAGUACAUCAUGAAAAGCAUCUCCGCUAUCUUCCUCGCCGGGAUCGCCGUUUGUUGGGGCCCCAAAGCUUCGUUUAGCUUUCAGGCCUCGCGGAAUGCGGUAGCUGUGCCUGCUCCAGUACRUUUUUCGGCUCUGUCGUCACCGUUUCUACCCUUCCCAUCUUCGAACAUGGUGCAUCGCGAUCCGUCUAGGCCGAUACCUCCGUCACAACGACUCCGUGGUGCGAAAAGGGCUUCCCCUUCGUCGCUGGGUGCGAUUCCCGUGCCCACCGAUGUCCUGACCAGCUUUCUUCCGCCCGCGAUGGGAUUCGUCAAGUCGGAAUGGACGGUAUCCUACGGGUACGGCUUUGCUACCGCCCUGAGUGCCGGCUCGCUGCUCCUGAAACAAUCGCCUGGAGUUUGGAACCUCGCGAGCCUGCACGCCGCGGCCCUGGUGUUUUACGGAUUCCGGUUGAACGCCUUUCUGUUCCUCCGCAACCGACUCAGCCCAACCUACCGAGCCAUUGGGGACGAGAUCGAAAAGAAGUCGAAAGAACGAUAUGCGACCCGCCUCUCGCGGGCACCCUUUGUUCUCUCGUGCGGGUUGCUGUUCUAUGGGUUGUACGUCCCGGUCCUCCUGACCACCAGGUUGUUUGCCAGUAAUGCCCGGGCAGUCGCCGCGACGCCCGUGGUCGCCGUGGCCGCCAUGAAGGUUCUGGUGGGCCUUCAGUGGUUUGGGUACCUUCUAGCCGCAGUGGGGGACCUAACCAAGUCCUACGUCAAGGGAUCCGAGAAGAACGGGAAAUUCCUCGUCACCUCGGGGGUCUUUUCCGUCCUCCGCCACCCCAACUUCACGGGCGAGGUGCUGUCGUGGACCGCCAACGCGCUCUGCGGAACCCUGGCGGGGGCGUACCUCCUACGGAGCGGGCUUUCACCCGCGAUUCUGGGGCAGCUCGGGCUCUCGGUCCUGGGAUCGUCGGGGAUGCUCUUUGUCCUCCUCCGCGCCACCAGCAACCUCGAAGACCGCCAGGAACGAGAGCACGGAGGGACGGAAAAAUACACAACAUGGAUCAAGAACUCGUGGUGUGGCUGGAAACUGUCGCUCGCGGCACCAAAGGAAAAGGAGGAGGCACCACACGAAAUCACCAUGAAUGCUGAAGUCCAAGAAGAUUUUGGAUCCGGAAUCUAAACCAUCCACGGCCUGGUAAGGGGCAACGAACUUKUYGCGUCCGACAGAUGGGUUCGAAAGCAUUUUGAUCCACAAAUAUCGCAUGAUUAUCUCGAGCCCGCUCCUCUAGUAACCCAUCGAGCGAUAAUCUGUCAUUGUCGGAUGUAUCGGGUCUCAAUGAGCACGACUCGUUGCUUUUGUGUCGAUAUAGAUUGAUACAUUGUAUUACAUCGUUUGAACUCUAUGAAGCAGGUACCUUUGGUUCAUUUCGCAUUCGUCUAUUACAAUGACAUAAAAGUUGGAAGCAGAAUAUGUUUGGAUAGUACAAUCGGAGUGGUAGGACCUAUCAAUCCAGCGAACAAAUGCGCAUGACGCAA